GUUACAUUGAACACAGUCAACCUUGAGAAGUCUCGUCUUUCUCACAGAGAACAAGAGAGCUGUGACAGCACACUUAAAUACGUACAGACUAGAAGACAUGUACUUCAAAAUUGUAAUUAUUUUCUCAGGAGCAGUUUGCAUCUAUGCACAAAGUUAAUAUACUUUGUCACACCUAUGGAUGCUUUGACUCAAGUGAUACUCAACUCAGUGUGACACUGGAUGGUGACGAAGUCUACUAUGCAGACUUUAAAAAAGAGCUUCUCAUUUGGGAUAGCAAACUGCCUACACGUUUCCAUGUUCCCUGGGCUUACAAAUAUGCAGUAUAUUACAGAUCUAUAUGCAAAGGUAGUUUACAGAAAUGGAAACAAGACAAGUCAGCUACAACAAAGACUAAAGAGGCACCAGAAACCAUCAUCUACCCCAGAGAUGAAGUGAUAAAAGAGGAAGAGAAUACUCUCAUCUGCUUCAUCAACCAUUUCUUUCCUCCCUCCAUCAACAUAAAGUGGACCAAGAAUGAUAUAGAAGUAGCAGUGGAAGAGCCUUUCAACAAAUGCUUACCCAAUGCUGAUGGGACAUUUAAUGUUUUCUCCAACCUGAACUUUGUCCCAAAGGAAGGAGACAUCUACAGCUGCACUGUGGAACAUGAGGCACUGGAGAAGCCUCAGACCAAGUUUUGGGAGGUUGACACAAAUGAGAUCAGUAUUGGUCCACCUGUCUUUUGUGGACUUGGCCUGAGUCUUGGACUUCUUGGAGUUGCUGCAGGAACCUUCUUUUUUGUGAAAGGAAACCAAUAUCCGAGCAUCCUGGAGGCCUAGUGGUUAAGACAUAUACCAUAUCCAGCACUGUGAUUACUUCGUCCCUGUUUUUUUCUUCUCAGCGACAUCUGUUAUAUGUCAUUUCCCCUCUCUCUCUUGUCCCUACUCUCAAGUGCCCACUAUCAAGCAAAAAUAACCACAGUAGCUUUAAAAAAAGGAAAUGUAUAUGAAUCAAGCUAAUUCACUUGCAUAUCUGUAAUUCACUGAAUUUUCUUUCUCUUAUUUGUGACAAAAUACACAAUCCAAGCUUGUCUUUUA